AUGCGGCGUCUUGUGUUGUUUUCCCUCCCGCCGCCCCGCCUGCGGUGGAUGCCGCGCCGCUGUUGCGCGUCUCUGCGGAUUCCGUCCGUGCAGUUCGCCGCGCCGCGCUCGCAGACGCACGAGGAUCUCGCCUACGCGCCGUGCCCGAUCUGCGGCCGCAUCACGCACAUGUGCGACAUGCUCACGCACCUCACCACCGCCCACCGCGAGCUGAGCCAAUCGCACUGCCGGAAGAUAUGCAGCGAGCGGCUCGCCCUCUACGAGAAAGUCAUCGGCGUGCCGCUGAAGAAGAUCGAACUCACCACCUCCGGCCGCCGCGUGCUGGACUUCCUCCCCACCGUUCUGCCCACCGGAUAUAUAUGCAACUGGUGUGAUCGCAGGAGCGAGGUGUACCCCACACGCGACAAGUUUCUCCGCCACGUUGCCGACGUGCAUGCAGAGAUCGACUUGGAGGACGUCGAGCAACACGUCCCGCUGCUGCCGCGCGGCCCGCAGGACGAAACAAACAACACGCGAGAUGAAAUGCGGCCCACGCGGCGCCUCGCAGGCGUGGAAGUCGUUGCAGAGAAGUGUCCGCUUCCAGUCGGCGCACCGCGGCAAGUAGGCAUCUCUGUGCCCCGCAACUUGGACAGACCAAUACCUCCACCACCGCCGCCGCGAUCAACAACAACCGUAUCAUCUAGCGUUACGAAUACUACUACUACUACUACUACUACUGCUACUAAUAUUAUUAAUAGUACUGUAUCGGCUACCGCAAUGAAAGAAUUGGUCUUUACAGACACAGAAUUUCCAUGCGAAUUGUGCGGCAAAACAUUCCAGAGUGAAUUAGACUUACUGCAGCAUUUGGAGACUCGUCACCCAGAUGGUACGGCUGUGGGUGCGGCGGAUGUAGACCAAGCGGCCAUUGCGGAUGUUGCACAAUUUUCAGCAAAAGAGGCAACAAAGGGUGCUGAUCAACGUAUACAUGUUAUUUGUGAUUUGUGUCCAUCUUCUUCAAAGGUGUAUACGAUACCGUCGGCACUCUUUUCACAUAUCCGCUUUAAACACCCUGCUGAGGAUGCGGCCUAUCACGUAGAUCGUCUUAUUCGAAUGCAGAAAGAAGCCCCAUCAUUUGUAUGUAAAGUGUGCAAGAAAGCCUUCGCCUCUGCCUCUGCUCUUGAUGGACACUUUAAGAGUAAACAUGCCGAUCAAGUAGAUACAACAACAGGACAAGGUCGUGUAUCUAUGAGUAAUUGUUGGUGGUGCCACGAUUGUGAAAAAGGCUUCUCAUCUCCUAAAGGUCUAUACGGACAUAUGUUGAGCAAACAUGGACUCUCCACACAGGCUCAUCCCUGUCCUGCGUGUAAGCGCGUCUUUGCGGAUGUCUACUCACUAGAAGAACACAUUACACAACAACACAAAACUAUUCAUUUGACAGAUGUUGGACUACAAACACACGCAAGGUGCGUUACAUGUGAUCGUUGUUUUCUUAGUCAUGAGGAUUUACAUCGACAUGCCGUAAAACACCACAAAAAAGAUCCACGUGCGCCUGUUCGCACGUUUGAUUCCUCACCCAAACAGAGUGUUGUAUCGAAGGAGGAGGCGAAACCAGUGGAGGCAACACCACAAGCACCACGUAAGGUACAAAGGCGCAAAAAAACAACAACAACAACAACAACAGAGGCUGCUACAGCUACUGCAGAUUGA